UGCAGGGGGGACUAUUAUUUUAGACGCACAAGACAGUUCCUCCCUGAUGCUAGGCAUGUUUUUGACUUGCAGAGGACUGUCAAAGUAAAUGGAAAAUGAAUAACUGUAAGUCAGCAUUUAUUUCUCAAGCUGGAGCCUCCAAGAUUAAUUAAGUGGUUUUAAGGAAGUAUCGAUCAUACAAAGGAAGUGGUGUCUUCUCAUUCAGGAACCAUGGAGUUGUUGUGUGUCCGUCUCAUGAGGAAUCAACGCAGUUGCCUCCCUGCCUACCUGUCUAGAAGCUUUCAAACCUCCCUUUGCCGACAGAGACAACCAACAACCAGGAGGACAUUACCUGCUACAGAACUCUACUCAACCAACACAUGUCGGAAUCUACUGCAUCCCGAAACCACAGACUCUGUUUGUCAACUUCAGUUGAGGCCAUCUUUGUCUCAGAGACUACUUUUCUCAUCGGAGAAUGUAAGAACAGUACUUUUCCCAGUGGGGACACCCAGACCUGGCCCUGCUGUCCACUGUGUCCCUGUUAUAUGGUUGUCUAAGCAUGGACAGAACUUCUUCCAUACCUCUGCUCCUCACCGCGCCCUGCCUGCUCCUCUCAUCUGGCUGGUACUCAAACCCCUGCAGAAAAUAGUGGCUAUUAUACUGGGCAGGAGUAUCAGGAAGUGGUGGUUGGCCCUCCCACCCAAUAAGCAGCAGCUCGUGCGUCAGGAGGUCUGGCGUCGCCGUUGGCAGCUGGUGGCCGGGGGUAUGGUUGCUAUGGUGAUCAUGGCAUGUUUCUUCCUGACUCAUCUGGACGAAUCGCCCAUCACGGGACGCACACGCCUCCUAGUGUUCAGUAGAGAGAACUACAUGGAGCUGGCUGCAGUGACAGGAGAUGGGUACAUGGAAGAAUUUGCUGAGUUGUUGGUUCCAGAGAAGGACCCUCGUCACCAGGUGGUAGAGAGAGUGGUGCAGCACCUGGCCCAGAGGAACAAUGACAUCCCAGAGGUCUCCUCUGUUCCAUGGAGCGUCCACGUGGUCGACAGCCCUACCGUCAACGCUUUCGUACUGCCUAAUGGGAAGGUGUUUAUGUUCACUGGGAUGUUGGAGGCCGUAGCAGACGUUCAUCAGCUCACCUUCAUCCUGGGACAUGAGAUGGCCCACGCAGUGAUGGGACACUCUGCAGAGCAGGCCAGUAUGUCUCAUGUGGUUGACUUCCUGUCUCUGAUCCUGCUAACAGCCAUCUGGGCUGUGUGUCCUCGAGACAGCCUGGCCGUACUGGGACAGUGGAUACAGACUAAACUCAUACAGUUCAUGUUUGAUCGUCCCUAUAGCAGGAAGUUGGAGGCAGAAGCUGAUCAAGUUGGACUCCAGCUGGCUGCCAAGGCGUGUGCUGAUGUGCGGGCAGGGCCAGUGUUCUGGCAGCAGAUGGAGAUCAGUGACCAGCUGAGAGGAGAACCUACAGUACCAGAGUGGCUCUCCACACACCCUUCUCACAAGAACAGAGUUACACAGCUGGACAGGCUGGUCCCACAGUACCUGGAGUUGAGGGAGAGUUGUUCCUGUCCUGCCCUCCCUGCUACUGACCCCAGAGCUGUCUUCGCUCAGAGUGUCAAAGUGCUGCUGGACGCUACUAGGGACCUGGAGGGAGAGGCGGGGAAGAGACUGGAACCACUAGCUCUGUCCCAGACCCCAACCUCAGACCACAGGAGGGCUCCACAUCUAGGGGGACUGGCUACUGCCCUGCUAGCCUCCUCAGCCACAGCCUCACAUACAGCCCAAGCGACAGCCCUGACCCUAGACACUGCUACUCCCCUCUAACCCCCGGCCACUACCCUCGCCCCCGUCUUCCCAGCCCCAACCCCAGGCCUAGUUCCAGUCAGUAAUUGUAGCUCCCUGAGUGCUAAUUGACUGAUGCUUGUAAGGUCUUGUAAAACUACUCUUGCCACCUGCUUCUGUGGAAUUGCUGCAAAAAAGUUUAGGGUAUCUGUUCUUUUUACUGUGUGUGUGUUAGGGUACAGGGAGAUGCUUUGAAUGUGUAGUGUGAAUACAUAAAGCAAUAUUAUCAUGUUUUAAUUGGUAGAUUUCAAAUGGGGACACGCUGCACUCUAUGCAAUGGCAUAAUAAGCAUUAUUGACUCCCUUGAUGAAGAUUAGCAGUAAUGACUGUAUAAAAUAAAUAAAUAAAGGGAAAUUAUAUGA